AUGCCACUUUUCAGCUGGAUGAAAUGGCCAAAAUACGAUUCCUACAAACCCACACACUAUCCUGGCUCAGAUGUAGUAACAAAGACUCUACUUCGAGAAUUGAAGUGGCAUCUAAAGGAGCGAGAGAGAUUAAUACAAGAGAUUGAAAAUGAACAAAAAGUGAAAAAAACAAGUGUGGAUUACAACUGGCUGAGAAACCACCAGAAUCCCCACAUGACCAUCCCAGCUUCUGAACAAAGACAACUUGAAGCUCUUUGCUCACAAGUUCAGCCUUGUCAAACUGGAACCAUUCUCAGCAGAUUUCGAGAAGUUUUGGCAGAAAAUGAUGUACUGCCAUGGGAAAUAGUCUACAUCUUCAAGCAAGUUCUGAAAGACUUCCUAAGCAGUACGGACAAAGGCGGGCAGCAGCAAGAGGGCUUGGAAGAGCCUCGGAGCACAGCCUGCGCGGCUCGUUCUCCGACCCCAGGUGAAAGCCCCAAGAGUCCAGACAAAGAGGAAAUACCCACUAUUUCAAGUUACGUAGACAAAAACACAAAGAACAGGUUCCCGACGUUCUCACACAGAAUAUGGAACCUACCAUACUAUUACCCAUCAAGUUAA